AUGUCGUGCGCCGAUUGUGAUUGGUCAGCGUAGGUGGAAGUGUUACAAACGGUGUCAUUCACAAAGUAACAAGAAUACAUUACAAUAGUGAUAAAGAAUGCAAUUAACUUUAAAAUAGCGUUUAGAUUACUUUUUCAGGCAAUUCUACACGCGGACCUUUUUGAAGUUCACGUAAAACCAGUUUUGGGGCGUAUUUUCCGUUUCUUCACUGAUUUAUCAGCAGAUCACACUUGAGAGAUUGAUUUAAAGUUAUAUGGUUUCAAAAAUGUCCUCUAAAAUGGCGGGCUCAAACAACCUGGCACACGCUAGGAGGAUGGUACAGCAACUGAGAGUCGAGGCCAGUAUCGAAAGGAUAAAGGUAUCCAAGGCCUCAGCUGACCUCAUGCGUUACUGUGGAGAAAACGCCAAAUACGACCCCCUGCUCAUGGGCAUCCCUGCCUCAGAAAACCCCUUCAAGGACAAAAAGCCCUGCACUAUAUUGUAGUGCAAUAAGCAUUCAUCUUAUUUAAUUACUUCUACUCAACUUUCCCUUAAGUCCAGCUCUAGCUCCUUAGUAUAACUUUGUGUCGUGUCUUAACUGUAUUUAGCUCUUACAGUAUUUAUUACUGUAAAUAAACUCCAAUCAGUACUAAUUAAUUGCCUUUUUGGUAAUUAUUAGAAUUGAAUCUCAUCUUCACCGGCGUGACUCGUCUUCUGUUUGGUUGUUUGGGCCAAACUGAAAUUAUUCCACGAAAUGAUCCUAUAAAUCGAGCCAUUUAGAUGUUUUAAAAUGGCCUUAAGUUCCACUCUCCACCAAACAAUGCCUUUUUAUUUACACUUUUAGUUUGAAAUAGGGAAGUAGCACAUCACAUUAUGAUACGAGGAGCUUGCAACUACAUUAACUGAUUAAAUCUCACUUAACGUGUGUUAUGUGUUCCUCUAGCAACGCACAUGAAUAAUGUCAUAGCAAAGGGACUGACUGAAAUAAAUGGAAUUUAAAGAUCCAUAUUUUUAUGAAUCUGAUGUGACUUCUGCAAAUCAUCACUUUUUAAGUGCAUGCUGGGUAAAUACAACAAUACAGUGAAUCUCACACAAAUACCGAUUUGUUCUCUAUGAAAGGCGGUACCACUAUGUGCAAAACCAUAAGAGACGAGUUUCUGUUGUGGUUUUCGUGAACUACCCUGCACUUUCAAACCAUUGUGCCUUAGAUUGAGCAAAGCGGUUCUUGCUUAUUACAGAUACACACGAAUGAAAAGAGGACAUGUUUUAUUUUUUUUGAUGACACUGAGCACAUUUUCUGUUCCGUUUUAAGUGCCUUUUCAUUCUGAUUUAAUGACUUUUGUAACACAACCACUGUUGUUUGAUCUUGUCUAUGAAUUGAAUUGAAUGGAUUUUUCCCAAAAAGGGCAGUUGUGAAACAUUCACCUUUAAUGGGCCAAGCAUCCAUAUGUUGAUGCUGCAGCGUCUGUGUUAUUGUGGAGGCAUCAGAGAAGUUACGCAGCGUUUGAGAUUCACGACCAAAUUCCUGUGACCUCAGUAUCUCUGUGAAGAAACGAGUUUCCUUUUGUUCGUUUUGGUGUUUCUUUCUAUUCCAAUUUCUGUAUUUUUGCAAGCCUUCAUAACAUGUGCUAUACGUACUGUACCUUGAAAGAAAGAUUUUAUUAAAAUUUUGAAAUAGUAAAA